AUGAAUUCGGCGGAGCAGACCGUUACGUGGCUGAUCGCCCUGGGCGUGCUGGAGUCGCCCAAAAAGACCAUCUCCGACCCCGAGGGCUUCCUCCAGUCCUCCCUGAAGGACGGGGUGGUGCUCUGCCGCCUGCUCGACCGCCUGCUCCCGGGCACCAUAGACAAAGUGUACCCGGAGCCGCGGACGGAGGGCGAGUGCCUGAGUAACAUCCGCGAGUUCCUGCGGGGCUGCGGUGCCUCCCUCCGCCUGGAGACUUUUGAUGCAAAUGACCUGUAUCAGGGACAGAAUUUCAGCAAAGUUCUCAGCUCUCUUGUGGCUUUAAAUAAGGUGACUGCAGACAUAGGGCUGGGCAGUGACUCUGUAUGUGCACGUCCCUCAUCUCAUCGGAUAAAAUCUUUCGAUUCUCUGGGAUCCCAGUCUUUACACGGUAGAACUUCAAAACUCUUUCAGGGACAGUAUCGGAGUUUGGACAUGACAGAUAACAGCAACCAUCAGUUGGUGGUGAGAGCAAAAUUUAAUUUUCAACAGACAAAUGAAGAUGAACUUUCUUUUUCAAAAGGAGAUAUUAUUCAUGUUACAAGAGUGGAAGAAGGAGGCUGGUGGGAAGGAACCCUAAAUGGCAAAACAGGGUGGUUUCCAAGUAACUACGUACGAGAAAUAAAAUCAAAUGAAAAACCGGUCUCCCCCAAAUCAGGUACAUUGAAGAGUCCACCUAAAGGCUUUGAUACAUCUGCAAUUAACAAAAGCUAUUACAAUGUGGUGCUACAAAAUAUAUUAGAAACAGAAAAUGAGUAUGCUAAGGAGCUACAAACAAUGCUGUCAAACUACCUGCGACCGUUACAAGCCAGUGAAAAGUUAAAUUCGGCAAAUACUUCAUACUUAAUGGGAAACCUGGAAGAAAUAAGUUCUUUCCAGCAAAUGCUUGUACAGUCUUUAGAAGAAUGCACCAAGUUGCCUGAAGCUCAGCAGAGAGUUGGAGGAUGUUUUCUAAAUUUGAUGCCACAAAUGAAAAGCUUGUACCUUGCAUACUGUGCCAACCAUCCAUCAGCAGUAAACGUUCUCACGGAACACAGUGAGGAGCUAGGAGAAUUCAUGGAGAUGAAAGGUGCCAACAGCCCUGGGAUCCUUGUACUGACCACGGGCCUCAGCAAACCUUUUAUGCGUCUGGAUAAAUACCCCACGUUACUCAAAGAACUUGAAAGGCACAUGGAGGAUUAUCAUCCGGAUCGUCCAGAUAUUCAAAAAUCCAUGACUGCCUUCAAAAAUCUUUCUGCACAAUGUCAAGAAGUACGGAAACGGAAAGAACUUGAACUACAAAUACUGACAGAAGCUAUCCGUUGUUGGGAGGGAGAGGAUAUUAAAACACUUGGCAAUGUGAUUUACAUGUCCCAGGUCAUGAUUCAGUGUGCUGGAAGUGAGGAAAAGAAUGAAAGGUAUCUUCUUCUCUUCCCUAACAUUUUGCUAAUGUUGUCUGCCAGCCCGAGAAUGAGUGGGUUUAUCUAUCAGGGAAAACUGCCAAUGACAGGAAUGACUAUCACAAAGCUAGAAGACAGUGAAAACCAUAAAAAUGCAUUUGAAAUAUCAGGAAAUAUGAUUGAAAGGAUACUAGUCUCCUGUAACAACCAACAAGAUUUGCAUGAAUGGGUGGAUCACCUGCAGAAGCAAACCAAAGUCACAACUGUUGGGAAUCCCACCAUUAAACCUCACUCUGUGCCAUCUCACACGCUUCCUUCCCAUCCAGUAACACCCUCCAGCAAGCAUUCAGACAGCAAGCCAAUACCACUGACUCCUGCGUACCACACUCUCCCUCAUCCAUCCCAUCAUGGGACUCCGCAUACCACGAUAAACUGGGGACCUCUGGAACCUCCAAAAACCCCCAAGCCUUGGAGUCUGAGCUGCUUACGGCCCGCACCUCCAUUACGGCCUUCAGCAGCUCUGUGUUAUAAAGAGGAUCUCAGUAAAAGCCCUAAAACCAUGAAAAAGCUGCUUCCCAAACGCAAGCCAGAACGGAAACCAUCAGAUGAGGAGUUUGCACUGAGAAAAAGUACAGCUGCUUUAGAAGAAGAUGCUCAAAUUCUUAAAGUCAUUGAAGCAUAUUGCACAAGUGCCAAAACACGUCAAACACUAAAUUCAACAUGGCAAGGCACUGACCUGAUGCAUAAUCACGUCUUGGCUGAUGAUGACCAAUCAAGUCUAGACUCCUUGGGUCGUCGCAGUAGUCUUUCUCGUUUGGAGCCUUCAGACCUCUCAGAAGACUCUGACUAUGACAGUAUAUGGACAGCCCAUAGUUACAGAAUGGGGUCUACAUCUCGUUCCCGUAAAGAAUCAGCUCCUCAAGUCUUGCUUCCAGAAGAAGAAAAAAUUAUUGUAGAAGAAACUAAAAGUAAUGGUCAGACUGUUAUAGAAGAGAAAAGCCUUGUCGACACAGUAUAUGCAUUAAAGGAUGAAGUACAGGAGUUAAGACAGGAUAACAAAAAGAUGAAGAAAUCAUUAGAAGAAGAACAAAGAGCUCGCAAGGACUUGGAGAAGCUUGUUAGAAAAGUUCUAAAGAACAUGAAUGAUCCAUCUUGGGAUGAAACCAACUUAUAACUAAUUUUUUUCCUUUUUUUUUCCCUUUUUCUUUCUAUUGAAAGACCAGUUGUAAAACUGAGCUGGGAAGCCUUCUGACAUUAGUCAGUGUUGCAUCAAGAGCACUACAAAACAGGAUUUAACUGGAUCUAGUGAUUUCUUGCUCUGAACAUAUAGAAAAGUCAAGCCAUUUACUGAAGCAAUCUGUACUUUUAAGUGUGGAGACCAUGGAUCCUGAACUCUGCUAAACUUAAUUUGUUUGCAUCUAAAUUACCUCAUUUUGCAGAAAGUGCAGCACCUGACUAAAAGUCCAUGUUUUUCAGUGGCUUUUUAAUUAAAUAUAUAUUUUUCUUGUAAAUAUCUGUAAUUUUGAAUGCAUAUGUGAUUGAUGUAUCAGGGCUGAUGUUAUUUUUUUCUCUUGUUAUUAUAAUGGUCACAAGUGUUAGAAAUGACGGCAGUACUGUCUUACCUAAGAAAGGUCAGAGUUCUUUGUGGAUAAUUAUGGAUUUGUUCCAAAUUAACCACUCAUCACACAUGCAAAUUUAAAGACCUAUUUUUCCUAUUGACCACUGUAUUUAAAUUCUUUACUGUUAUUUAUGUCUGUGCAUACAUUUUUAAACAGUUUACAAUUCUCUAAGAACAGUAUUAAAAUACAGAAAACUGGUUAUUGACAGUAGAAACAAUUUUUAACAAAACUAAUGCCCAUGAUUUUCAUUCACGUACACUUGUUUGGCAGACUAAUCUGUUGUGCUUUGGCCAGCAAAAGACUGAUGUACUUGCCUGCUUUUUAUGACUGUGAUUUUUAGGUGUUUAUGUACUACAUUUUCUAUUGUUGUGCUUAAACAUACAGCUGGCUGGUAAUUUAAUAGAUCAUACAGUUUGUUAAAGCAAAAAAAUCAAUCUAAUCCAGAAUUUUGUGAAUAAAUUGUUGCUAUUUAUAUUUUAUGGUCACAACAAUUAAAUUUUAGCUAACCUUUGUGCAUAAGACACACACCGGCCAAACUUCAUUCAGAGCUUUGUUUUUAUACCACUAUGUAAGACUCUGUUUGGAAUUCCCAGACUGUGGAAACAGAGUCAUUCCUUUCCCACCCUGUUUUCUCAGCAUGUUACUGGUUUCUGUCCUACUAGGAUUUAAAUGGAAACAAAUCUGGAAAUAAGAUUUUUUUAUCAUACUGUAAUUCAUAAUUUGCACUGCUGACAGAUUUGAAAAUACAUAAAUGAACAUUUAUUCCCUAGUCUGAUAGGUGCAAUUACUGCAAUCCUUUCUUGUAUUUGAAAUAGGAUAUGUGACAUCACUGCAAACAGUGAGCUUUUACUUGGAGCACUUAAAAUACUAAUCCCAUUAAAGCUCAUUUGUAAGUGUUUUAUUGAUUUCAGCAAACUUUGGAUCAAACUCCAGACAGUGCAAUUUUCUGAGGGGUUUUUCUUCAGCUGACAGUCAGAAAUGCAGGUAUAGGACAAACCCGAGUCACACCUUUUGUCAUCCUGAUUUUCUUGUGCCUUAACUCCUGUUAAGAAUAAUGCUCAGACUUGAGCAAACGUUUUAUAUGAACUUGGAGUUAAUGAGUUGGAGUCAGGAUGAUUAGAGUGGUAGGAAUUGUCAUGCACAUUUUGAAUCUAAUGAAAAAUCUAUAUUUAAAGCUAUCCACUUUUCUCAGCCAAGAACAGCUUUUUUAAAUAGGAAAGAAUGUCAGUGAUUACAUACUUGAGCAGUUCUGUGGGAAUGGAUACUUAAGAAUCUGAACAGAGAAUGAGUUGUCCGAUUUAAAAAGCUGAAUAUAUCUGUAGGUUUUUUAAUUUGUGUUCCUACAAUUUAAAAAUGUUCUCCUUAAUUCUAAAGGAGCAGACUGGAUAAGAAAACUAAAAAUGUCUACAAUAUCAAGAGUUACAUAUAUUAAUAGAACUUAAAUUAAUAAUAAUUCUUGAUACCACAAUCUUUUCCUGUUUGCAGUUGCACAAAAAUGUGGACUGACAUUUAUAAUUAUCUUUAUAUUUAGAAAAUACUCUUAAUAAAAGCUAAGUGAUACUAAACCCUGCAAAUUCAUAGCAUUUUGGCUAAAUUUGGGUUUGGGAAUGCUUAUAUAAUUAGAAUUUUGCUAACAGUUUUAUUUUCUGACAUUCAGGCUAUUGUCAAAGUGAAUUUUGAUUUUUCAUUUGAGCAUAUGUGAAAGGACAUUCCAGAGGAAGAAGUGUAAAAGGAAAACAUGGAUCUUAGCAGUAUUUAGCAAAUUUUAACUCAGGAACAACUUCCAUCAUAACAAUUUGUUUUACAUUAUAUUGUAAAGAGUGGUAUUGCUGUGUAAAUUUGCUGACUCUUAGUACCUGUGAUUAUUAUAAUUUCUGACAGUACCCCUAUACUGAUGUCUAAUGAACAUGCCUUAAACACUGGGAUUAAGCAGUUGUUAAAUAUGACCAGGACUUAGGGACUGAUUUUGUUCAAGGUGGAUUGGGAUGACUAAUUUUUAAAAAAGGAAAAAAAAAAAAAAAACCCACAAAACCCUCACCUAAUAUUGUAGGUAGCUUUUGUCUCUAGUGCAGAGAGUGAGCUUCAGGCUUUUGGGAACCAAGGAAUAUCUGAACUUUUUUCUUUGACAAUUUGUUAUACUGUAUAUAGAUUGUAAAUUUCACCAUGAACCUUCUGAAUUGUUGGAAACUUUAUAUAAGCAUGGAUAAAUGGGGCACUGUUUAUUUAACCUAUUAAAAGGUUAUUUCUUUGCUCUCAUCAUUUAGGGAUGAGGAGAUGAAGCCAUUUCUUAUCCUAUAGAUGUGAAGCACUUUCAGUUCUGAACUGUCCAAAAUGUAGCAUAACAUUUCUCUGUACUUAGUGAUGUAUGCCUGUUUGUCUCACCAUGUCAUGACAUCUUAAACGACUGACCGCCUUUGUAUAAACCUUCUUAAUGCCAAUCAUUUAGGGAAUUUAGAGUGUCUGUUUACGGUAUCUGUGGAGAACUCAAGUUUAGUUUAGACGUCACAAUAAUAUCCUGGUAUCGACUACUAAAGUGUUUAUGCUACAUUGUUGUAAUUAAACCAUUAUUUUCCCCCUACCCUAUGAAGUGUUACAUUUCAUCUAUGUGGGCUAUGAGAUUAAGAAGGAAAAUUGCUUUAAUUUUUUUUUGCCUUUCAUCUAAAUAACCUCUUCUGUUUAAUAGUUGGUAUCCUGUAUUGAAAGGGCCUUUUCGUGGCCGUCUGUAAUAGCAAAUUGAUGCCUGGAAAACAAAACAAAGCAAGGGUUGUUCAGAGGGCUGAGAAGGAGGA